UUCAUUCUGACUUCUCCUCCAUCUGUUUACCAGGUAGAUUGCAUUUCAGUGUUUCAGUAUUGCUUCGUGUUUUUAAUCCACCUGGAAACAACAAACUAUCCAUCUGAAGGGAAAAAUGGCUUCAGCAGUAUCAGAUCAUGGAAAUGAGGGCGAUUGUCUCAGCUGUCUGAGCUUGGGAAGCCUGAAUACGAAAGACAGACCAUCACACCAGUGUAAAUCAAAUCCAUUCUUUAGACCAAGGAUGAGUUUCCAUCAGAAAGUCGCCAUCAAAUUUAAGCAGUUAGUGGAUGGAGCCCUCAAAAAAGGGCUGAAGCUGGACGCCGAAACAUCAAUCAGUAAAUCUGGAAAUGAAGCGUCCACUUUGGAUGAGUGCAAACUGCUCAUCAGAGAUCUGGCAGAACAACUGGACAGGGUUCUCCAGCACAAGAGCCCACUUGUUCUCAGAGGGGUGAAAGAAGACAAAUAUGGUGAGGAGAACUUUCGACAGCUUGUUCUGGAGUGGGCCACCGAGCUGAGCAACUUGCCUGAUAAACACCUGCGACAGGCAGCAGCAGUUAAAAGUUCAUGCACAAAAUCACCAGUAGAGAGGAGUUCUGAGGAGCAGAGGAAGGACACAGAUCCCAGGAUUCAAGUCCAGGAAAAGAGGCUGAAAGAGGCAGAGAACAUUCUUCACGGAUGGGCCUGGAAACUGCGGUCAAUGCCAAAGGACUCUGUGUGUCUAGGGGAGGAUGUGUGUUCAGUUCUCCAUGAUCUGGAGAGACAGUGGAAGAGGGGGAAGCUCUCCAACACACUGCCAGUCAUGGACUUCAUCAUGUGGGCUGUGAUUCAGGAGCAACCUGAGGAGGGCUCUGCUCCUCAGUGCUGGAUCAAAUCCAAGCAGAGGUUUAGUACUGCAGUAUCACUGAAGUACAUCCCUGAUUCAGUGUGGAACUGGAUUCUAAAAGCACAUGCUGAGGUCACACUUGAUCCCAAGACAGCAAAUCCUUAUCUUAUAAUGAGAGACGACAGAAAAAGCGUGAAAAUGGACACCAUCAUAGAGAGCAGAGAGAAACACAGAGAUGGUUUCCACAGAGCGCAUCAUCAGUACAAUGGGUGGUGCUGCAUACUGGGAACAGAGGGAUUCACCACAGGGAGACAUUACUGGGAGGUCGAUGUUAAGGGAAAGAGAGACUGGAGAAUAGGAGUGGUGAAGGAAUCUGCCCCACGAAAUGGUUAUGUGAGUCUGAACACGCAGUCUGGAUACUGGACCCUACGUCUCCAACUAGGGAUCCUAACAGCCCUGACUGUUCCUGUCACUAAAUUUCCCAAAGUGGUCAUUCCUUCCAAGGUGGGGGUCUAUCUAGAUGUGGAGGAGGGUCAGCUCUCCUUUUAUGAUGCAGAGAGAAGGAGCCACAUCUACACUUUCAAUGACACCUUCACGGAGAAGGUUUAUCCAGUAUUUGGUACCAUAGAAACAGACAUCGCUCUUGUCAUUCUGUAGGAAGUUGUUCAUUUUUGUUUUUUUUUAAAAGAAACAUGAAA